AUGGCGGCCCUGGUAGUCGACGAAGCCGGUGGUGAGCCACCCGUCCUCCCGGAAGACCCGCCGUCUCCAACGUGGUGGCCGCUCGAGGAAUCGUUCACCGCGCGCGGACGGCGGUUACCGAUCUACACCUUCGCGUCACAGUUCGCCGGGGAGCAUGAGCUCGUGCUUUUCAAUGGUGACGGAAACGACGAUCAAAACCGAGAAGCGCUUUCACCAGAACAAGUCGCUGACGUCGAUUUCCUGCGCGGGUUGAAUCUUCAAGGGCUCGAGGCCGGCGGGGCGGCUACCGCCCCACUCCGGAGGUUCAUGGUGUCUCCAGCAGCUGCAGCAGCCGGCGGAGGUAAAAAGUCAAGAUACGACGAGGAUAACCUACCAACUCCCGCCACGCUUGUCGCAGACCUCAAGGCGACGGGAAAUUUCAAGAGCGCCAUCACCGACAUGGAUGACGACGGCAGCGGCGCCCCCCUGCCUUACCUAGGUUACCUGGUUUUCGCGUGCGCCGACGAGGUUCACGAGGACGACGAAAAUCAGUACAUUUUCGCGACUUCCGAAGAUUUAGCCGAGGCGAUCGCGGAGGCAGAAUCUGAAGUAGUCGACCCGGAGGCCGAUGAAGGUGACAUGGGAGCUGAAGCGUACCGUGAGAUGACGUUGCGAAGCAGGGCACAGCUCACCGCCCUGAAGCAGUACGUGCUGAAGCAGCGAGUGUUCUAUGUUCUGAUACAUACGGACCGGAGGCAUGAUGCUGAGUUAGCCGAUAAGGAUAUGAGCUCUGACGUGAUACUUCUGGCGCUGGGGGUGUCGCCCGCGACCGGAAACCUGGUCGGUGUAAUCGCAAUCCAGACGUGUCAUAACUUGUGUGACUGAGUUGUAUCGUACGCCGGCAUCCAGCUGUGCAUGGCCUUGGUAUACGUUGUUGACGUGUUUAUGGGUCUUGGCACGUCUCACUAGCGCAUCAUAGAAUGCACGCACGUUCCGGCAUGGUCCAGAAAUUUUUCGUGUGUUUAUUUGUUGCUUAUCAUUUGUUUGUCGUUGACAUCGUCGUCGUCAUCGUCGUCUUGUUCUUGUUUCGUUUGUUCUUGCUCUUGGUGGAUUUAUUGUUGGUCGUUGGUCUUACCUGUUCUAACGUCUAACGAGGACGUCUUUGCCUACCUAUCCCAAUCGGCCAACAAGCGAUUCUCCG